AUGGUAUUCUCUAAGAAUGUAAUAAAGUUCAACGAUGGAGGGAAGCUCUCAGACAAGCAGCUGAUAUCUCACGACGGGAUCUACGUGAUAAAUGAUACAGAUGAAGAUAAUGACUCCUCUGAGCAGGAUCCUUCUAUCGAGGUUCCAACUGAGCAGCUUAUUUCAGAUGAGGAAGUACCAACAAGUGAUAUCACCGAUAGUGUUAUUGGUGAAGGGUGUGUAAUUAAGAACUGCAAAAUUCACCAUUCUGUUGUUGGACUGCGUUCUUGCAUAUCAGAAGGUGCAAUCAUUGAGGACACUUUGUUAAUGGGAGCAGAUUAUUAUGAGACGGAUGCUGAUAGGAGGUUUUUGGCUGCUAAAGGCGGUGUUCCAAUUGGUAUUGGGAAGAAUUCUCAUAUCAGAAGGGCAAUCAUUGACAAGAAUGCUAGAAUUGGUGACGACGUCAAGAUCAUUAACAGUGACAAUGUACAAGAAGCUGCAAGGGAAACCGAAGGUUAUUUCAUAAAAAGUGGUAUUGUCACAGGCGAGGCCUCUGGUGCCGCCGCCGUUGCAAAUGAUGAUUACACUGGAACCGACAACGGCGAUGGUUUGGAUAUAGUUUUGAACGACGAUGUUCAUGGUGAAGGUUUGGACAACAACAAUAAAGAGUGCUUUGAGCAGUCGAAGGUUGGCUCAGACUUUGUUACCGCACUUGGUGUUAAUUAUUUAUUGUUUCAGUCAAUUUUGGUUCCAUAUGGAAAUGAAAGUGCUCCUUGGUCUUCUGAUUUUUCUGAUUUCAAUUCUAUGAUGAAGAAUGUGAAUAUUCCCAUUAUUGAAGAUGAAGGAUUGCACAUCAACUCAAAGAGUAGUUUAGUCUUUGAUGGUGUUUCUAAAAUUGGGUAG